AUGUUAGGAUUGUUGCCAUAUGGGGUUUUAGUGGAACAGAUAAAAGAGUUAGCAUGGGAUCAAAGGCGUCGAAAGGUUCUUCUUGUUCUUGAUGAUGUGAACGACGAGUGCCAAUUGGAGGCAUUAGCCAUAGAUCGUGAUUUGUUAGGUCCUGAAAGUAGAAUCAUAAUAACCAGAGAUUUGGCUUCAGUAAAAUCACUUGGACUUGGGGAGGAUGAGAAGUAUAUGCCUGAAGAGUUGAGUGAUGAGGAUUCUCUUCGACUCUUCAAUUGGCAUGCCUUUAAUGGAGACCCACCUGUACAAGACUAUAAGAUCAUCUCUGAGGAAGUAGUGAGUUAUUCUAAGGGGGUUCCUUUAGUUCUUGAAGUUUUAGGAAUGGACCAAGAUUUGUCAUUCAAAAUACUAGAAGGUUGUGGUUUUCCAGAUCAUGAUAUUGGGGUUCUAUUUCGUCAUUUUCUUGUAAGUAUUGAUGGACAUAAGCGGUUGAUGAUGCAUGAUCUAAUUCAAAAAAUGGCAAGAGAGAUCGUCCGCAAAAAAUCCACUGAAAAUCCUGGCGGACGUAGUAGAUUGUGGGAUCAUGAAGAAGUUCUCAAAGUACUGAAAAAUGAAACAGGGACAGAAAAAGUUUUAGGCUUAGUCCUGAACUCGCCAAAAUCAGAAAAGCUAGAUGCGAAGGCAUUUGCAAAUAUGAAGAAUCCGAGGUUGCUUAAUCUCAAUUGUGUCCAACUAGGUGGAAGCUACGAAUAUCUUUCUAAAGAACUUGUAUGGCUAUCUUGGAAAGGAUUUUCUUUAGAAUGUAUACCAUCAUCCUUCUUUAUGAAGAAUCUAGUUGCCCUUGACUUGAGCUAUAGCAAGCUCGAACAGGUUUUGUACAAAUUGAAAUACGUCAAUCUCAGUCAUUCCUCUCUCUUGAUUGAAACUCCGAACUUCACGGGGUUCACCAGUCUUGAGAAAUUGUUGCUUAAUGAUUGUAUAAAGCUUAAAACGGUACACAAUUCUAUUGGAGGUCUUGAAAUUAUGGUCUUGAAUAUGCAAAACUGCCCGAAUCUUGAGAAUCUUGAGGUCAGGAGCUUUUUCAUGUCGAAUUCUCUCGUUGAAUUCAAUAUGUCCGGCUGCUCCAAUUUACAGUGGCCGCCACCAGAUUCAAGCUUUUCAUCGUUACAAUUUUCAAGUAGCAUCAGUCGGAAACGAAUUUUCUAUACUACCACCUACCAUCACCAGCCUUCGGUCACUGAAGGUCCUCUUUGUAAACAGAUGUUUUGA